GAGACAAGAUGGCGGGAUUUGAAAGCGGGAAACGGAGGUCCCCACGUGGCAGACGAACACCAACCACACAGAAAAGGAAACUUGACACUGUGGACAGCAGCAUAGAGAAAUCCAGUGAAGUGUCCCAGCACACGGCGCAAUCCUUCUACAACAAGUCGUCAGCCAAUCAGAAGCGGCCUUACAUUGGUCCUUUGGAGAGGAAGUACCUUCGGGAGAUCGAGGAGAAGCGAGCGCAGCGGUCGCGAGAAACCUCGGCAGAAAGGCCGAACGGCGAAAAAACUGUUUCUCCUCCUGCUGCCCCAGUUGGCCCAAGGAAAUACAUCAUCACCAUACCUGUGAAGACCAAGACUAUCAGGGUGAGACAGAAAGCACCUCUCAGAAAGAGCCCAAGAAAAUCUUCCAGCCCAAGCUUAACUUCCGUAAGACAGAGUCCAAGGAAAGCCACAACACCACAGCUGAAGAAGACAUCCUCAAGCUUAGAGAAAGCACAAACUACAGGGGUUACCAAAUCCGCUCCGCGGACCCCACCAUGCAGUGUAGAUGAGACUGUGUACACGCUCACAGAAACCCCGUCCCUCUUCAGUGACAAUGACAACCAGGAAAGAGAUGACACUGGGAGUUUGGCAAGCGCUGAUGCCAUCGGCCCUGCCCUACCAGUUGAUGAUGCCACCACUGUGGAGUCACAGAGGGAUGACCAGAAAGCUGCUAGCAUGGUUAGCAGCCCACAGAGAGCGAAGGCUCCACAGCAGGUGUCACCUAAAUCCUCCCCAACACAACGGCAGACCAAAAGUGACCGGAAGGUCUGA